CUUUAUGACCCGAAGUUGUAUUUAAGAAGAAGGGUUUUGUUUCUUCGUUCGUCUCCGUCAACAUUCCAAAUCUCCGGUCACUCCACCGCCGCAGCAGCUCAACCUCACUCCGUUCAACCGCCUGUACUCACGGCGGCUUUCAUCCUACUUCGAGAAUCUCAUAAGGUUGUUACAUCUAUGGGGAAGAAAGGAGGAGCGAAAAACCUUCCAAAAUCGGAACUAAAACCUCAAAAUCGGAUUACAUUGAGAGAAGAAGCAACUGGAAAAUUGAAAACGAAACCAAUCGUUAACACAAAAUCUCAUUUGAGAAUUGAUCAUUUGAAAAACCUUGCUCUGUGGGCCACCACUGAUCCCAACAUACCGUCUUUGUCCGCCUUUUAUGGUCGGCAAUUGGCUGCUGUUUCAGAGGCUUCUGGUGUGGCGCCCGAUCCUUCUUUAAUCACUUGCCAAAGGUGUGAAACUGUUCUUCAUCCCGGCUUUAAUUCAACUGUACGAAUCGAGAAGAAUAGAUCAAAGAGGCGUAGGAACAAGAAGUUUGGCAGCAUCUCUCAAAACAAUGUAGUGUACAAUUGCCAUUUCUGUUCACAUCGGAAUCUCAAGAGAGGUACCGCUAAGGGACAUGUAAAAAAGAUAUGCUCAACAAAAGUUAAAUCAUCAUUAGAAUCAACACCUGCUACAAAACCAAUUGUGCAUGAAUCUUCAAAAUUGGAGAAAAAGAUUGUAAUCAAAGACGAAGUCGGUAAAAUUAAUGCUUUUGGUUCAGAAGUUGUAGCUAAGGAUGCCACCCUUAUGGAUGGUCUUCAAACUCCGCAAAGCACAAGUACACCAACCUUAUUAGAAGGAAAGAAGAGAAGCAGAAAUAGUUUUGCGUCCAAGAAUACAUUUGAAACUCCAAGCAUGUCUGCAAGAGUAGAAGGAGCGAAAACUCAGAGCACAUCGAGCAAAAGACGGAAAAAAUCUUGGACCAGUUUAAAAGAGAUUGCUCAGAGCAAACAUGAUAACAGUCAAGUAGCUAAUUUGACAAUCCCAUUUUUUUUGUAACUAGGAAGAUUUCAAUUUCAAGCAAUUUUGUUAUUUUUGCUGUGCUUGAUAAUCUAUUUGUACGAAAAGAGUAAUUUAUUAUUUGAAAAUUAGUGCAAGAACCUGUGCAUUAUUAUUUGAAAUUUUGAAUUGUAUUUCAUUUUUCUGGAAAUUAAUGAAUCUUUAAAGGAA